AUGGAGAACUUCCCGUACCUGGGCAGUUCUCUCUCCCGCAACACCAAGAUCGACGACGAAAUCGCCAACAGUAUCUCGAAAGCCAGUCAAGCCUUCGGUCGCCUCCAAAGUACAGUUUGCAAUUGCCACUGUCUUCAGCUGAGCAGCAAGCUGACGAUGUACAAGGCCGUCAUCCUGACGACACUUAUGUAUGGAGCGGAGACUUGGACGGUGUACGCAAAGCAGGCACGUCAACUGAACCACUUCCACCUCAGUUGUCUGCGUCGCAUCCUGAGGCUAAAGUGGCUGGAUCGAAUCCCAGACACUGAUGUGCUGGAACGGACGGGAAUCCUCAGCAUCUACUCCAUACUGAGGCAAAUUCAGCUGCGCUGGAGCGGCCACCUGGUGCGCAUGGACGACGAGCGACUACCCAAACGACUCUUCUACGGAGACGUCGCGACGGGUUCUCGCCGUCAAGGAGGCCAAAUUCGCCGUUGCAAGGAUACCCUGAAGUCCUCGCUGAAACGCCUGCAAAUCAACCCGACCAACUAA